GAUCACUACCUAAGGCAUCAGGUUAUUAUAUAAAUAGGUCUGUCAAACACAUGGAAAGUCAGAGCAAGGUUGGGAGCUUCAACAUUUAGGCAGUAGACUCCAAGAAGCACACCACAACAAUGAAGUCCUGGUUUCUGUUCCUACUGUGUGUAGCAUGUUGCACGGCAUUCCCUGCUAGGAUACAGACAGACUCCAAUCAGAACAAUGAAGCAGUUGCUAAGGAGUACUUGAAAAAAUUCUACAAAUUUGAGGAGGAUGGGAUCUCCAAGUCAGGACAACUUAGCAAUAGUGCAUUUUUGGAUAAAAUUCAUCAGAUGCAAGAAGUUUUUGGAUUGGUGGCCUCUACAAGACUGGAUGAAGAAACCUUAGCAAUAAUGAAACAACCUCGUUGUGGUGUCCCUGAUGUUGGCAGUUUUAGCAUCUUUGGAGGAAAUGCUGUGUGGAAGAAAAAAGACCUGACAUACAGAAUUCAGAACUAUAUUCCACAAAUGACCAGAGAUGAGGUGGACCAGGCCAUUCAGAAGGCUUUCAAAGUCUGGAGUGAUGUCACCCCUCUUACCUUUACCAGAAUCUAUGACGGUGUCUCCGAUAUUGAGAUGUUGUUUGCAUCUAAAGAUCAUAAAGAUUCUCUCCCUUUUGAUGGUCCAUUUGGUGUUCUGGCACAUGCACUUGCUCCUGGAGAUAAGAUGGGUGGAGAUGUACAUUUUGAUGCAGAUGAGAAAUGGACAAGUGGAUCAGCUGGUGUUAACUUGUUCCUUGUGGCUGCUCAUGAACUUGGCCAUUCCCUUGGGCUUGAUCACUCUAAAGAAUCAAAUGCCCUUAUGUUCCCAAACUACCAUUACAUCAAUCCCAAUACAUUCCAGCUUUCUGGGGAUGACAUCAAUGGAAUCCAAUCACUGUAUGGACCAAAAGAAAAGGCAGUUGUGCCAACUAAAGCAAGCCCUCCAAAAAAAGCAAGCGUCCCCAUAAACUGUCAGGAGAGCAAAUCUUUUGAUGCAGCCACAACACUGCGAGGGGACAUUCUGUUUUUUAAAAACAGAUACCUUUUGCGCAAGAUUGCCGGUAAAUCAGAAGCUGAGCAGUUUGAGAUCAAUUCAUUCUGGCCUUCCCUUCCAACUGACCUUGAUGCAGCCUAUGAAUAUCAGAAAAAAGACCGGGUUCUUCUCUUUAAAGGAACAAAAUACUGGGUUCUAAGAGGCUACACAAUUGAGGAGGGAUUCCCUAAGAACAUCUACGAACUUGGCUUUCCCUUGACUGUAACGAAAAUUGACGCAGCUGUCCACAGUGAAGAAACAAGGAGAACUUAUUUCUUUGUUAAUGAUCGGUAUUGGAGUUAUAAUGAAGAAAAAGCACAAAUGGAUAAAGAAUCUCCCCAGAGAAUCAGAAAUGGUUUCCUUGAUGUUGGAAACAAGGUGGAGGCAGCCUUUCAAUCAAAUGGAAUGCUCUAUUUGUUCAGUGGGAAUCAGCAGUAUGAAUUCAGCAUGAUAAAGAAGAAAGUCAAUCGUCUGCUAAAGUACACCAGCUGGCUGAACUGCUAAUCCAGACACACUAGCUGUGAUAUAAAGAGUGUC